CUCUCUCUCCCUGUUCCUCAGUUCUCCCCGAGUCUGUGUUGGGUUGGGGGUGUGUCAAGAGCCAGGGGUACUGGUGGUGUUACAGAGCUGGUAGCCUCUGCUGAUCUGGGGAGUCCAGAAAUAAGGGGGUUCGAAGAGUUUGGAAUUUACUUCUAGGGGGCCCUUUGCUGGGGUGGUGGUGAAGGUAGUGGGACUUAGACCCCAUGUAGCUGAUCAAGCAGGAGCUGUGAAGGAGGCUUGUGGGAGGGGGCAGGGAUGGGAGGAUUCUGUCUGGCCCAGCCCCUCCUCUCCUUUCCAGCCUGCCCAACCCGCCCACCAGUCUGAGCUGCUGUUGCUGAGGCUGGUCUGCUGGAAGUCUCCGGGAGAGAGGGAAAGACAGGUGGGGAGACAGUGUCAACGGGGAAUGAGCCUUAGCGUGAGUCCUGCAGUUUGGAGUCAAGGAGAAUCAUGGGGUCCAGGGAUGAACCAUGCAGUCUCUUAGGCGGACUCUCAUUCCUCCUGCUACUGAUGUCAGUCCAGGGGGCCAAGGGUGGAUCCCUCAAAGAGAGCCAGGGGGUCUGCUCCAGGCAGAUGCUCGUGGUCCCCCUCCAUUACAACGAGUCCUACAGCCAACCAGUGUAUAAGCCCUACCUGACCGUGUGUGAUGGAAGACGCAUCUGCAGCACCUACAGGACCACAUACCGUGUGGCGUGGAGGGAGGUGAGGAGGGAGGUGCCGCAGACCCACGUCGUGUGCUGCCAGGGCUGGAAGAAGCGGCAUCCAGGGGCCCUCACCUGUGAUGCCAUUUGUGCCAAGCCGUGUCAGAACCGAGGCGUCUGCGUUAGGCCAGAGCAGUGCGAGUGCGCCCCAGGCUGGGGUGGGAAGCACUGUCAUGUGGACGUGGAUGAAUGUAGGACUGGUGUUGCCCUCUGCUUCCACCGUUGCCUCAAUACCGCAGGCAGCUUCACUUGUGGCUGUCCUCAAGGCCUGGUGCUGGGUAUGGACAGGCGUACCUGCACAGAGGGCGCCCCGGAGCCCCCAACUGGUGCCAACAUCCUCAGUGUGGCAGUUCGGGAAGCAGAACAAGAUGAGCAUGCGCUGAGACAGGAGAUUUGGGAGCUUCAAGGGCGCCUGGAGCGGCUGGAGCAGUGGGCAGGUCAGGCCGGGGCCUGGGUCCGAGCCAUGCUGCCCAUGCCACCUGAAGAGCUACAGCCGGAACAGGUGGCAGAGCUAUGGGGCCGUGGCGACAGGAUCGAGUCUCUCAGCGACCAAGUGCUGCUGCUGGAGGAGAGGCUAGGUGCCUGCUCCUGUGAGGACAACAGCCUGGGCCCAGGCCUCAAUCUCAAUCGGCGGCCAAUAAGGAACCCCUCCAGAGCUCCUGCCCCCUAAUUUAUACAGAAACUGGCCCCACUAAUCCUCUGGGAUUGGCCAGCUGGGGAAGCGAAGAUAAGGUUAUCUGCCACUAAGGAGCAAUGAGUGACGGAAACUUACGAGAGCUGAAGGAAGGGGGAAAGAUGGGUGCCUUGGGCCCACCCCUGAGUCUUCUGGCUGGGGGAGGUGGCCUAGGCGAGAACCACUUCAAUGCCUUAACAAAUGCAGCCAGAAAGUGCCCAGAUCUCUCUCUCUCUCUCUCAAUCUUUAUUCUCGGGUUUCUUGCUGUUAUCCAGAUAAUUAAUAAAAACCACACAAAACUGGG